AUGUCUGCCAGCGACCAUCCGUUCCACUGGAGCCACUUCAUCCCGACACAUCCCGGGGCCACACACCCACACUCCUGUCUCUGUCCCCAGUGCCACACCCACACGAGCUACCGCCAUGGGUGCAUACGCUGCAGCAUCCACUUCGCGACACCGGCUGCGACCUCGGCCGACUAUUACCGAGACCCGCCACAAGGCGGCGAAAUGCUAUUUCCUUAUGCCGGUAUGACGGGGCUGGGCCAGGCAGGCGCACCGCAAUAUUAUAUGCCUGCUCUGCCGCCGCCUCCCCCAGUCUUCUCCCUUCCGACCCCCCCACCGGAUCCUCCGCGACCAAACUCGAAAAAGAAACGCACAAAGAAGAAGAAGAACUAG